AUGCUACAGCCUCGCGGUGCUGUUCGAUCGUCCACAUUCAAUCAGUCCGCUGGAUCGCGCCGCUACGCGCGUCAAGUUCAAGUUGGUUGAAGCUUGCCUUUUUCUCUCCUCCCGUUCAUUCCACUCCUGAGUCCUGCCACAUUACAACGAGAACAUCCCUGCUUCGACGCUUUACAGAACUCUGUCCUGCUCUAUUCUCUGAGAUUGUAUUCCCCGAGUCCACCGCAAGUGUUACUCCGGAUCCCGCUGGUGAGUCCGAGUCGUCUGAUUGCCGCGAAGCUCCGGACCACGACUGACGUCAAACGUUGGCCCCUGAAAUAGCCUGCUCUCUAGGAACUGGGUGUCUGCCAACCUCGUCGUCCUCGGGCACGAUCUUUGAAAGUUACCCAGUAGGUCGAGGAAGCCUUUCGUUGAGUUAGUUGGCGCGUGCCGGAAACUGAACGACGCCUGUCGACUUCUCGCGUCAACUCCUCCCUUUAGUGGCGCGACGACGAGAGACCAAGCCGAGCCUGCCGCCGGUGGUGCCACGAAAAUUCGUCAAGAUGGCCGCAUUCGAUCAGGAGACGAACAAGAAGGACCCGACCGACGCAAGAGUGAAGAAGGAGGUGCAUCGAAUGGUAGAGCACUUCGAGGCGCUACAGGAAUACCUCGAGCAGGUCGACUCGGCUCUCGACUCGAAGGUGGCGGCGAUCCGUUGGCCCGCAAACGGCGGCGCGUGGGGAUCUGAGGCUGGAAUGGCGCUUCUCAUGGAACAGAUCGCGGCAGAGGUACGUUGCACACUCAUCAUCCUGUUCACCGGGUAGCUGUUUUUCUGACGCCCUGAGCUCUCGACACUCCAGGCCGACUCGGAUCGUGCUGUCGUGGUAUGUGGCAGUUCGCGCGUCGCCGUCCCUACCUCGGCCGGGCAGAUACCCUCGAAUGACAACUGCCCCGACGUCGUCUUUCUGUUCCCUGAGGCGUCGACGGAAAGCAAGAUUGCAUCGUGGAAGCGCGUCGACAAGGUCUGGAAACGCCAUUUCCAGCGAACAGGAGUCCACUUGAUCGACCAUCGACUUCUCGACGAUGUGCUCAUCUUUGUCGAGCUCAAGGAGAACUCAGCAAAGCAGGUAGAAGCCCGUGACCAACUCUUUCGUCGCUUCUACCGCGCGACGGCUACCAAACCGAUUCGCCAGUGGAUCUUUGGAUUUACCCUUUGCGGUAGCGAUCUCCGGGUCUACAUCCACACUCCGACAGGUAUUAUCCGGUCGCGCCGCAUCGACUGUCGAACGGAGUCCGGUCUCGGGACCUUCAAGCGCAUGCUUCUGCGCUUCUUGGAAACAAAUGAUCAAGCCUUCGGAGCGAUCGCAUACGCGGGGUCUCUUCCCGUCAAGCUCGACAUGACCCGCCUCCCGCCCCAAGUGUUCCCCUCGAUUGUACGGUCCUCCGGAUCGCCCGUCCCCGCCAUCACACUGCUCAAUCGACAACUUGUCAGCCCAGCAAUGUUUGGAUCGCGGCCCUUGAUCUACCGCAUCGAGCUCCAAGAAGCAGCGAGUGACUUCGAGGGCGGAAGCCAAGCGUCGUUCGUUGACGGACAGCGUACUCGCCCGGCGCAACCCCACACGAUGCGCCUCGCAUUCACAUGCAGAGAACAAACACGUCGCGGUCAACUUCUGGGUAAAAUCGUUCGCGCGAACCCCUCGAAUGCGCUUCGAUUCGUCCCCAAUCUCAAGAGCACGCUCCUCAACGAAGACAACUACUGGACCGUACCUCCCUCGGUCGGGCGCGCUGAAAAGGCCCACAAGUUCGUCCCGAGGAGCCUCAAGUGCGACAUCUACGAUGGGCCGUAUCGCACCGUAUUGGAGGUCGAGUCGACAUCCGCCAUGGUUAAGCUUCACAUUGGAGUCGUACAAGGUCAGUGCUGGUGCACUCAGCAAGGAUGUCGGAUGUCUGGGCUACCUAUGUUAUAAAGCCUGAUCCUGACUGCUGCACUCGUCACAGGUAUGCAGUUCUUACUCGGCCAAGGACUAUUGCCUCGCAAUUUUUCGAAUGGCAGUAUAAUGCUCAGUCCAGAUGGUCAAGGCGUUUUGACGGAUCUUGACGACAUGAUUUGCCUCACCGAUGCGUUUGCGGCGUCGAAACGUCGUGAAAGCUCGGUAGGUUAGGUGUUGAUUGUCGCGCCGGGCCGGCUCAAGGUGACUGACGACUGCGCGGCUACCUCUACAGGGGGUCUUGGCUUUUCUGCCGAAAGGGGCUACCCUGGCGAUGACGGACAAACAGCCAUUGUACAGCACUCAGCGUGGCAUCUGAUCGAGAGCCUACUCAACGUUUCGCAGUACGUGGUGUGCAGCCGGCCCGAUGGGCCUGGAGGAGAACGACACAUGUCGCGUGACGCCUGCGAUCUUUGGACCGAGUGGAAUGACGAGGACUCGAAAUCGGCGAUCGGUUCGAAAGCCAAGUUCUACGACAACAUCCACAUCACCGACUAUCGACGCAUGUACCCAGUUUUCUGGGCUGGCCUUCCCAGGCUUUACGCGAUCCUUGACCGGUACUGCUGUCUGCGAGGGCCCGUUGGCGGUAACACAGUCGAGCACCUGCGCCAGCAAGACCACGGGAUGCAGCCAGCCCAGUGGCGGGGCCGGGAGACUCUUAUCUGCUUUUCCGGGUUCUCCUUGAGUUCCACAAAGAUGAGCUUGUCGUCGAGAAGUCGGUGAUCGAUCAAGCGGACUCUUGUUCGUUGGAAACGGCUUCUUGAAGGUUCAGAGACCGAACUCCUUUUGACAGUCGACGCGGUGUUGAAACGCACGAGAUCGCUCUCGAGCCUCACUGGUUCCGAGUCCAAACAGAAAGGAUCAAACGGUGUAAUUCGCAGGCGAAGAAAGACUACUAA